AUGAAUGAUGAUGAUCUAUUCCCAAGGCUUAAGCUGAACGUUAACGAGACCGCCGAGGCUGGAAGGUUCUUCAUCUGCCCAGGACAGGAAGAUUUUGUGAAUCUUCUUUUCACUUUUCUUUCUGUUUCUUUGGAGUUUGUUCUGGAGAAUCCUGGUGGUAAUAUGAUUCACGGAUGCAUCUCAAACUUGUUUCACAGUUUCAAGGAUUUGAGCCGUGAAAGAAGAACUAGUUCGGCGUCCAAGUUGACACUACCAUGGUAUUAUAAAUCCCAGAAGCAGCUGCUAGAUAUCAACACUGAAAAGCCACCAGAUUUUGUGUUUGGACCUUAUGGCUCUGGCGAGCGUAGGCUUAAACGUCCCUAUGUAAGUGGAAAAUUUGUUUAUGGAGUUGACAGGGUGGAUCCACUGAAUCCUAUAUGCCAGCACAGUGGUCAACCAAUGUACUGUAGUGCCUGUAAGGGGUUUUUGAAGGGAAACAUGAAGUUUAGAGCAUUACAUGAUCUGAUCAUAACACCUCUGAGCUCAAGCUCGACCAUUGGCUACCUAAAGAAGUUUCAGGUGAGUUUAGAUGAUGUCGACGUGCAGAAGAUCAGCAUCGGCAAAGCAGAGGUUAACAGUGUUUUGGGAACUUGUAUUAUGACUUCGACGGUUUUAAGCACUGCUUUGUGGAACUUACUCGUGAAGAAGCCAAAAGAAGAGACCUGA